AUGAAUUCAUCCUCCCCCGUUGCGGCCUUCGGCUCGACCACGCAACAUGCACACCUAAAAAAGGAGGUGUUCUUCAGCAAGGGCGGCUGGCUGAUCCCGGCGCGGGAGCGCGCGCUCAUCGAUUCAAUCAGCUCAGGGGCGGCAACUUAUGGGGAGGUCAUGCCGGCCGGCAUACUGCGGCUGCUGGAGAUGCUGUCCCUCGACGGCUCGAGCACAUUUUGCGACCUCGGGAGCGGCAUCGGGCGCGUGGCGCUGUCGGCGGCGAUGCACUCGCGGGCCGCAGGGGUGGUGGGGCUGGAGCUGUCGGACAGCCGGCUGGAGCAGGCCGAGGCCGCGGCAGAGGUGCUGUCCGGCCUUGGCGUCCCGCUGCGGCCCACGCGCUUUGUCAGCGCCAACCUCGCCACCUGCGACCUGGAGGCCGUCGCGGGCGCCACCCACUACUUCAUGUGCAGCACGGCCUUUGGCGCGGCGCUCUGCCGGUCCCUGGCGGAGCGCCUGUCGCGCUGCCCCAGCUUGCAGGUGCUGGUCACGUCGCGGCCCCUGCCGCCGCAGCCGUACCUGCUGAAAGUGGGCCAGAUCGACGGCGUCGAGUACUCCUGGAUAGCCAACGGGCUGGCGCACGUCUACGUGAAGAGCUGGGCAUCCGCGCCGCCCGCGGUGCUCGCGCGCUUCCUCUGCCGGGACGGCGUCUGCUGGGCGCCGCCGGCGGGGCCUGCGGAGGGGGCGUGGCGCCGGGGCUUUGUGUUUGGGGACGACCUGCUCGCCGUCGCGCCCGCGGCCGGGCAGUAA